AUGUGGGAGAAGACAAAAGGAAAAUCUGUGAAUCAUGCCCUGCUGCAGGACAUGGAGGAGGCUGAGUGUUCAAAGGCAGCAGCUCCUCCUGCUCAGGUGAAAAGCAGAGAAGCUUCAGCAGUGACGCUCACAGACAUGGCAGCUCUAAACUCCACGGACAAACAGCCUCUGCUGGGGGAAGAGGAACCAAAGGAACAAUCCAAACCACAGAGAAAAUCAGAAGCAGACCUCAGGAUCGUACUUCUUGGUAAAACUGGAGCUGGGAAGAGUGCAGCAGGAAACACCAUCUUAAGGGAGGAAGUAUUUUACUCCAGUGUGCUUCCUUCCUCAGUAACCUCAGAGUGCAUGGUGAAAACAGGGCAGUUUGAAGGUCAGAUCCUGGCUGUGGUUGAUACUCCAGGUCUGUUUGACACCAAGAAAAAUGAAGAGGUGAAGACGGACAUCACUAGAUGCAUCUCCUUUGCUGAUCCUGGUCCUCACGUGUUCCUGAUUGUGAUCAAGGUGGACAGAUUUACAAACGAAGAACAAGAAACUGUGAAAACCAUUCAGGAGAUGUUUGGAAAAAAGUCAGCACAUUACACCAUGGCCCUGUUCAGUCGUGGAGACGAUCUGGAGAAACAUGGCAUCCAAAUAGAAAAAUUCAUUAAUGAAAACCCAGCUCUCUGUGACCUAAUCAGUCACUGUGAUGGAGGAUAUCAUGUUUUUAAUAACCGAGAUGACAAUCCUGCUCAGGUGAGAGAGCUGCUGAGGAAGAUCAACGCCAUGGUUCAGAGGAACCGAGGAAGCUACUACACAUAUGAAAUGUUACAAGAGGCUGAGGAGGUGAUGAGGAAGGCAGAAGCAGACCUCAGGAUUGUGCUUGUUGGUAAAACUGGAGCUGGGAAGAGUGCAUCGGGAAACACCAUCUUAGGAAGGAAAAAUUUUAAAUUAUCACAAACAUCAGAGUGUCAGAAGGAAACAGCUCAGUUUGACGGUCAGACCCUGGCUGUGGUCGAUACUCCAGGUCUGUUCUACACCAGACUAACCGAAGCCAAGGUGAAGACAGAGCUCGCGAGAUGCAUCUCCUUCGCUGCUCCUGGUCCUCACGUGUUCCUGGUUGUGAUUCAAGCCGGGAAUUUCACAGAAAAAGAACGGAAAAUAAUCAAAAUCAUUCAGGACGUGUUUGGAGAACAGUCAGCGUGUUACACCACGGCUUUGAUCACUCAUGGAGAUGAUCUGAAUACAGCUGGAGUCACCAUGGACAAGCUGAUCAGUGAAAACCCAGCUCUCUGUGAUUUCAUCAGUCAGUGUGGAGGAGGAUAUCAUGUUUUUAACAACCAAGACGGGGAUCCCUCUCAGGUCAAAGAGCUGCUGAAGAAGAUCAACAUAAUGGCUCACAGAAACAGAGGAAGAUAUUACACCUAUGAAAUGUUCAGACAGGCCGAGAGAGCCAUCAGAGAAGAUGAACCGGCCAUCAGGAUUGUUACUGGUGGAAGAAACAGAGCAGGCAAGAACGCAGCAGGAAACACCAUCUUAAGGACAAAAGUUUUUAAAUCAUCGUCAUCUUCACUGACAUCAGAGUCUCAGAAAGAAAAAGCUCAGUUCUUUUUCCAAAGAAUGGCCGUAGUUGAUACUCAAGAUCUGUUUGAAGAUGAGGUGAAAACAGAGAUGUAUAAGUGCAUCUCCUUUGCUGCUCCUGGACCUCAUGUGUUCCUGGUUGUGCUGAAGGUGGGCAGAUUCACACGAAAAGAGAGAAAAACUGUGAAACUCAUUCAGAAGAUGUUUGGAGAAGAGACAGCGCGCUACGUUAUGGUGUUGUUCAACUGUGGAGAUGAUCUCAAGGCAAAUUCAGUCACUGUGGAAAAAUUCAUUAAUGAUAACCGAGUUCUCCGUGACUUCAUCUGUCAGUGUGAUGGAAGAUAUCACGUCUUUAACAACAAAGACGUGGAUCCCUUUCAGGCCAGAGAGCUGCUAGAGAAGAUCAACACAGUGGUUGAGAGAAAUGAAGACAGCUACUACACCAAUGAGAUGUUUGAAAAGGCAGAGAGAGCCAUUAAAAAAGAGAUGGAGGAACUUAAGAUAGAAAGGCCAGAGAUGACAGACAGGGAGGCGAGACACACCGCUGAAAGAAACAAGUUGACUCAGCAGAGCUGGUUUCCUGCUGGUGCCGGAGCUGCUACUGGAGUCGCUGCUGGAGUCGGCACUGGGAUCGGGAUUGAAGUUGCUGUUGGAGCUGGUGUUGGAGCUGUAGGUGGUCCUCUGGGAGCUGUAGCAGGAGCUGCAGUGGGAGCUGGAGUGGGUCUCGCUAUGGGAGCUUUAGCUUUGAAACUUCAAAUGAGGGAUUGUGUUACACAGUGA